GAGCGUUAUUUUGACAUCGAGUGUCCUUGCCAUGCGAACGGGGACCAUGAGCAUCGAUUCAUUUAUUUGAUUUUUAUCUAAAAGAAGCUGCAAGAUGUGAUAUUUUAUGACUUACAAAAAGAGGGAGCAGAUUCUCUGCGAAACAUGGCAUCAGGUGACAAACCACCCUUAGAAAUUCCCAACAAUUCAUCAGAACCACUCAAAGAAGAGGAGAGUAUAUUUUCAAAGCUGAAAGGAUAUUUUAACAACAAACCUCCUGAGGGGAAUGAAUUGUUUGCUCCAAUAUUCCCAGUAUCCCAGGGCCUGUCUUCUCCAAUCUCUGAUGAAGAGGUGGACGCGUUCAUCGCAAAUGAAACAGGAUGGGAUAGGAUAAAAUAUAUGUUUUCUUAUAAUCCCUUGACAAAGUUUAGUGCUGAUUUCUACAAUGUAUUCAGUAUCGCAGCCCCAGUGACAAUCUUCUCUGGAAUAAUUAUAGGAGCUCUCCGGUAUCCUCGGGCCAAGGAAGACUUUAUGAGAAGUCCAGAGAGAGGGCUAGUGAAAUUUCAGCGAAAAAAUCUUCGAAUGGCUAAAAGGUAUAAGUAUGAUGUUAUCACACUGGAUGUAAUGAGGACAGCUGGUAGAGCAGCAUUUAAAUUUGGUGGAUUUUUUACAUGUAUCUUAUUGAUGACAAAUGAAUCUCUGACAUUUACAGCUGCAGCAGGGGCACUGAAUAAAUUCAGCUACGGUGUGCGGGCCAUGGUCUCUGGCGGCACAAUAGCUGGUAUUAUGGGGUUGCUUUAUGGUGGUGCCUAUUGUAUAUUUUUAAAUCAUUUUGGAUUGACACAAGAUAAACUUCACUGGGAGGAUGUUAAGAAGAGACUGGAAGUUGGGUUUGAACGAUCCCAGGAGCAUAAAAAUAAGAAAGACAGUAAUAUAAAAAGUAAAGGCUCCUGACAUUGUGAUAGAAUAGAUAAUUAAUAUAUCUAAUUAAGACUUUAUUUUCAUUUCAGUCAUUUUUUUGUUGUUGUAUUUCUUUUCUUCUUUUUUUUUUUUUACACCACAGUUGUAUAUAUUAAAACAAUGAACAUU